AUGGAUCGUGUGAGCGUGACGUUGUUAAGCUCGAGCAGCACCGCCUAUCUGAUCGUGAGCUGCAUCCUGCUGGCGUUGGUGAUGCUGCUGCCCGAGCUAAAGCAGAAGGUUCUGAUGCGUAGUGUCGCUCUGCAAACACUCCGUCAGCUGAUCGCUAGCGUUGGUGUGGCUUUUGGGUCACCGGAAGGAGCUGAACUUGAGCGACCGGCACCAGGACCACGCAAUUAUCCUGUGAUCGGAGCACUAAAGGAACUGAACGGGUACGACGUGCCGUACCAGGCGUUCAGCGAGUUUGGCCAGCGAUAUGGUCCGGUCACCGCGUUACGGCUCGGUUCCGUGAAUGCCGUCGUCGUGAACGGAAUCGACAGCAUCAAGGAGGUGUUGAUCAACAAGGGACAGCAUUUUGACAGCCGACCAAACUUCCGGCGUUACCAGCUGCUGUUCUCCGGCAACAAGGAUAACUCAUUGGCGUUCUGCGACUGGUCCGAGAUGCAACGUGCCCGUCGGGAUAUGCUCGUUCCGCACACGUUCCCGCGCAACUUCAGCGCCCGGUUCGACGAGCUGAACACGAUCGUGGUGGAGGAGCUCGGUCAGCUGUUGGGUGGCGUUGGUGACGCAACAACCCUCGAAAUCAAACCUCUCGUGUUGUCGAUCUGUGCUAACGCUUUCGCGCAGUACUUCGGAAGCCACCGGUUCGAGGUAACAGACGGACGUUUCCAACAGCUGGUGCGCAAUUUCGAUCAGAUUUUCUACGAGGUCAACCAGGGCUAUGCGGCCGAUUUCCUCCCGUUCCUGUUGCCACUACACCGGCAGAACCUGCGCCGAAUGGACCGCUUAGCGGAAGAGAUCCGUGCCAUCAUCCUCGAGACGAUCAUCGGUGAUCGGUACGAACACUGGGCUGAAGGUGGUGAACCGCGUGACUACGUCGACAGCUUGAUCGAGCACGUGAAAGCAGGCCAUGGGCCUGCUCUCGAGUGGGAAACGGCUCUGUUCGCGCUCGAGGACAUCGUCGGUGGUCACUCGGCCGUCGGGAACUUCCUUGUGAAGGCGUUCGGUUAUAUCGUGCAGCAUCCGGAAGUGCAGCAGCGCAUCCAGGCGGAAACGGAUGGUGUCCUCGAACGCCACGGCCGGCAAGUGGUGGAGCUUUCGGAUCGUGGCGAGAUGCCAUACACGGAGGCCGUCAUUAUGGAGGCACUCCGGUUGAUCGCGUCCCCGAUCGUGCCACACGUCGCCAACCGGGACAGCCAGAUUGGAGGCUUCAGCGUCGCCAAGGACACGCUCAUCUUCCUCAACAACUACGACCUGAGCAUGUCGCCGCAGCUGUGGGAUGCACCGGAGUGCUUCCGACCGGAACGCUUCUUGCAGCAGGGUCGCGUCGUCAAACCGGACUUCUUCAUCCCGUUCGGAGCGGGUCGGCGUUCCUGCAUGGGCUACCGGAUGACGCAGCUGCUCAGCUUCUCCAUCAUCGCCAACCUGCUGCGGGCGUACACGAUCGCACCGAUCGAUGGGCACGAUUACCGCGUUCCGGUGGGUUCGCUCGCGAUGCCUGAGCAAUCCUACACCUUCCACGUGUCGGCCCGCUGCUAG